UUAUUUCUGCCAAUGCAUGAUGCGUAAAUUUGACAGUGUAACAAAAACGUGGGUUAAAUAAUAAAGUAACAACAAUUAAAAGAGACUUUGAACUGAAUAAUAGUGCUUACGGGUUAAGUCAACUAGCCAAUAAAAAAAGUGAUAAUUUUAAGACAAUUUAAGUGUAAAUAAGUGAAAAUACGAAAUGGCGCUUAAAGUAUGGGAGGUUGAGGUAUUUAACGUAACAGACGAAAAUCAAACGGUGCCCAAGUAUAACAGAAAAGUAAAACUGAGAGCGGACUAUGACCCACAAGGUAUUAGUAUCAAUUUCUUUGAUUUGGAAGAAACACAUUUGAUUGAGCUGCCAGUGGAUAGUAGUACAGAAUGCUGUAAAGUAGGACCUAAAUCUUACAUAUUUACAAUCGACAACGAGUCUUUGUUAGUUAAGUUUAAUAAUAGGGAGGACGCUAGAAGUUUUUGUGUAGCAAUAACAAAGGUGAAAUCAGGGAAAGAUGCCUCAGUGUUUUCCGUGAGAACCGAAGACUCCUCAGCUACACAAUACUUUCAAUUCUAUGGAUAUUUAUCACAGCAACAAAACAUGUUGCAGGAUUUUGUUAGGACUUUCACUUACCAAAGAGCAAUAUUGGGGAAUUUGUCAGACUUUAAGGAUAAAAUUGUUCUGGAUGUAGGAGCAGGUUCAGGGAUUUUAUCGUUUUUUGCUGCCCAAGCUGGGGCUAAGAGAAUUUAUGCUGUAGAAGCUUCAACUAUGGCCCACUAUGCACAAAAGUUAGUGGAAGCUAAUAACCUGCAAGACUGUAUUAAAGUCAUAGCAGGCAAAGUUGAAGAAAUUGAUAUUCCAGAGAAAGUUGAUGUUAUAAUAAGUGAGCCCAUGGGUUAUAUGCUGUACAAUGAAAGAAUGUUGGAGUCCUAUUUAAAUGCCAAGCGUUGGUUGGCUCCCGGUGGUAAAAUGUUUCCUUCUCGAGGUGAUCUUCACAUAGCCCCUUUUACAGAUGAUGCUUUAUACAUGGAGCAAUACAGUAAAGCCAAUUUCUGGUUUCAAACUUGCUUCCAUGGUGUCAACUUGUCAGCCUUGCAAAAUUGUGCUGUCAAAGAAUACUUCCGCCAACCCAUUGUAGACACAUUUGAUAUUAGAAUAUGCAUGAGCAAAUCCAUAAGACAUGUAGUUGAUUUUCUACAAGCUGACGAGACUGAUUUACACACUAUUGACAUACCUUUAGAAUUUCACAUUAUUGAUUCAGGUACAUGCCAUGGUCUGGCCUUUUGGUUUGACGUAGCCUUUGCAGGCUCAAACCAAACAAUAUGGUUGAGCACAGCACCCACAGAACCUCUAACUCAUUGGUAUCAAGUAAGAUGUUUGUUAGAACAACCCAUUUUAGUAAAACAAUCACAGAUUUUAUCAGGAAGGGUGGUUUUAGUGGCAAACAAAAGGCAAAGUUAUGAUGUUACCAUAGAAUUAUCUGUGGAUGGCACAACACAGUGCUCCAAGAAUACUCUUGAUUUAAAAAACCCGUACUUUAGGUACACAGGGGCCCCUGUACAGCCUCCGCCGGGUGUCGCCAGCGUAUCACCUUCCGAAAACUACUGGAGCACCAUGGAUCAAGGCAUGCGCAACGUCUCCAUGGUGAACGGUAUUGGAGACGUGGCCAUGGACACCACACAAACCCUAAUCAACAAUAAUCUGAUGGCGAACAAUCUCAUAGCCAUGGUGGAUCCUGCUCAUCUGCCUGGAGACGCCGGUCAGCAACCCAACAUACACCCCGGUUGCAUACCCAGCACCGGGCGCGGACGCGUAGCUGCCAGCCCCACUUCGACACACACUGCGCAGCUGAUCGGUGGCGCCAUCUCUCCGUCGUUGUUUACAUCGCCUAACCACCAAAAUGCGCAGCAGACUCAACUGUCGAUGAUGUCCAAUUAUCCAGUGAGCGCCAAUCUCAUGAUCGGCGAUUACGUGAAAUCGGCCAAUCAGGUCGCGCCUAUGGCGGCUCUGGCCAAUAGUAUACCCAUGCCGGCCGUCUAUCGUCAAUAGUAUACACUACUAACGCGGUGAUUUUUAGUUAGGUGUUCAUAGCUCAAGACGAUUAUUAAUUAUUAACUAGGCAUCUAGGUGUGUACGUUUUUGUUUUUUUAACUUGUAGCACAUAUUUUUUUUAUUUAUGAUUUAGGGAUACUAUGUUUAAAACUUUCAAGUAACAAGAUUAUAGUGGUUGUGCGCAUCUUAUUUGAUAAAAUUUGAUAUUUUAUGUGCAUUAAGCAUAUAAAAUGAGGAGUGUAUAUGCAAAAUCAGACAUGUCCUCUUUUGGUCAAAAUUGAGUUUGAUACGGUUUUGUAAUGAUAUUGAUAGUUUCUUUUACCUGCAGUGCUCAGAAUCGUUUAAAAUCGGAGGUAUCCCAUAGUAAUCAGAACCUAAAUAUCGAAAGUUUAAUUAAUACAUUGUUAAUUUACUUAAACAGUUUUUAGCUUUUAUAUUAAAACUACAUUAUAUGGAUCCGAUUUUUCAUGAAUGCGGCUUAAAUAGUUUUGGGGCAUGGUGAUAAAAUUAGAGAUUAUUCUACUAGUAAGAUUAAACAAUUUUUUAAAUUUAUUUUAAAUUCGUUUGAGAAAACUACUAUUUUUAUAUAAUUUUUAGUUUCCUUUCAACUAAAAUUCGAGUGGGUCGAAUAUCCUAUUUUCGAUAUUUAUUUGGUAAUGGCAAACAAAUUAAUUUUUAACUUUAAAAAAAGUUAUGUGCAAGGGGGAAAUAUUUUGGUCAACAACUUCGGCUUGCCAAUGGCACUUAAAACUGAAAGUAACAGAAUAUUUUUGUCCCUAAACACAGUUUGUUAGUCUACAAAAAGGUUCAAUUUUGACGUAAAUAUUGUAAUUUCAGAAAAUAUAGCGAUUUAAUUUUACGAAUAAUUUUUUUUAUUAUUUUCGAAUUUUGUUAAUAAAUUUAGUUUUCUAGAAAAAGGUUAUUAUUAAAAGUAACAA